UCUAUAUUUUCAUCUAUAUAUAGGGUAGUUCCCAUAAAUAAAAUAUAAAAAUAUAUAAUUAUCAUAUAUAGUUGCCAUACAUAUAUAUAAUUAAUAAUUAUUAAUAAAUUCUCCAAAUGUCAAUCAAAGCUACAUCAGUCGUUUUAAAGAACGCUCCUUUAAAGGAUGUCAAUUAUGAAUGGGAUCAAUCAGAUUCAACAUUCGAGAUUAAAACUCAAAACUUAGAUGCUUCAACAUUAAAAGACGGUGAAGUUCUUGCAAAGAUUUUAUAUAUUUCUAAUGAUCCUACUCAAAGAACUUGGAUGCAAAAGGAUCAAGAUGUCAGUCGUGCCUAUGCUCCACCUAUCAGAGACGGUGAUGCUGUUUCUUCAUUAGCCUUAGCCGAAGUAGUUCAUUCAAAAUCUUCUAAAUAUAAAGUCGGAGAAAUCAUCAAUGCUAGACUUGCUUGGGCUGAUUAUGUGAUCACUGAUGAAUCAAAUAUUUUUAAUGCUAUUGAUAAAUCCCAACAAUUACCAUUGGAGUUCUACCUUUCGUGUCUCGGAAUGACUUCAUUAACUGCUUAUUUUGGAUUGGUAGAUGCUGGAAAGUUAAAGCCAACCCCAGAAGGUGAAAAAGGACCAAUUAUUGCCAUUUCUGCUGCUUCUGGUGCCACUGGAUCUAUAGCUGUUCAAUUAGCUAAGAAUGUCUUUGGUGCUUCAAAAGUCAUUGGAAUUUCUGGUUCUGAAGAAAAGGCUAAAUGGGUUGAAAGUAUUGGUGCCGACAAAUGUUUUAAUUAUCAUGAUCCUAACUAUAAACAGCAAUUGGCUGAUUACCUUCAAGGAGAAUUUAUCGAUGUGUACUUCGAUAAUGUUGGUGGUGAAAUUUUGAGCUUUUUACUUACCAAAGUUAAAAAGUUUGGUAGAGUCAUUGCUUGUGGAUCCAUAGCUGGCUAUAAUGAUAAAUCCAAGAGUUAUGUAACUUCAUGGACUGAAAUUAUUGUUCAAAGUUUACGAGUUCAAGGUUUUAUAGUUACUAAUUAUUCUGAUAGAUUUCCAGAGGCAUUCCAAGUCUUGGGAGAUGCUGUUAAAUCAGGUAAAAUUAAUGCUGGUGAUCUGUAUCAUCUUGAAGAUAUCAGUAACGAAACCAAUGUUGAAUUAAAAUUAAAACAAAUUCCUCAAAUCUGGAAACAAUUGUUUGGAGACUCGAAACCAAACGCUAAAUUAAUCACUAAACUCUAAAUUCAGCAUUAAUUUUAUUUUCCAUAAGUUAGUCGCUAAAUUUUGCAGUAAAAAUUAAAGUUGUCGGAAUUCUCGCAUGUUUUCCUUUGUUCAGAGUUUUUUUUUCUUUACUUUUUCUCCCUAUAUGCUCAUAACACUUUAAUAAUCUAAUAACUCUAUAUAUCUGAAUAAAUGCCUUUUUAUUUUUAUUUCUCACUAAAUGCAUUUUUUUAAUAAAUGAAUUCCUCUUACUAUUUGAAAUACGAAAAUUUUGAUCCUUGGUUUCCUCAUAUUAUAAACUAACUUCGCUUGUAGUUAACAUAUUAUUAAAAACCAUUUCAUACUGCUACCACAAUGUGCUGAUCUCCACGACUUGCAUGAAUUAUGAUUACGUAGAUCAUCAAUGACCAAUUUCUUU